UUUAUUCUCUCACCUCUAUAAUCUUCUCGCUAGAGAAUCAAGAGCCAAAAACUAAAAUGGAGCCACUGAAGAGGCUCCAUCUCCUAGAAGUUCUGACACUGUACUGCUUUCUUCACCUUUGCAUAGCCAAACAAGUGCUUGGAACUCUCUGUGGCGAAACCCAAAUCGACCCGCCUUUCUCGAACUUGAAUUCGACUGAGGCAUCUCCAUUGAGCAGGAUGAUUCUCUGCAGAUCUCAGAAGCCAUACUUCAGAACAUCUCUUGGUCUUUUCCCGAUUUCCUCCAUUGACUACACCAACAAACUAUUGGCCAUCACAUACCAACCGUCUUGCUCGUCUCAAUCCCUUUUCUUCUUUCCUUCAAUUCUCACUGCCGGCUUCCCCUCGCCUCCGCACCCAAACUCUCUCCUCCUACUCAACUGCAUCGAUGCAAGACUUCCCAUAAUGUCGACUCCUAUCCCUAAUUGCACCGAUUUUUAUACAUGUCAAGCUCUUCCAGGAAAUCCAGGGCAAUCAUCCAAACCUCUUGAUUCAUGCUUGCUUGUUCAUGAUCUGGAAGAGCUUCAGAAUGGUAUCGAUCCUAAGGCCCUGAAUUGCUCCGGUUCCAGAUGGGUAUACAAGAAAAAUGCGACUAAUAACGGUACUGAGUCGGAGGACUUCAGAGGGUAUGAGCUUGGGACGAGGAUUUCAUUCGACAUUCCAGAUCACGUACCGAACCUCUGCAACGAGUGCGAAAGGCCUAAUGGAAACUGCGGCGUGGGAUUGAAGUGCAUCUGCCAUCCAAGGGAGUGCAAAUCAUCAGUCGGCGCCAGGAGAUCAAAUUUUCUUUUGCAGGGGACAGGGUCAUCUCAGGAGGAGGCGCAUCAUCCAAGCCCUUUGGUAGUGUCCUCUUCUGUUUCCUUGCUAUCCGUUUGGUUCUUUUCAUUUGAGAAUCUGUUGGUGCACUAGUAAUGAACAGACCAAGUUCGGGCAAAGCGAAUGGCCCUUGCUCU